AUGAGCAACAUUACGGAGCCAGUUGAUUCGAUAUUGGAAUUGUUGACUUGUCGCAACCCAACGGUUCAUCAUACUGGGCCGAAAAGCAAGACCAACACCAGAAACCCGCACUACCAUUUUCCCACGCAAGUUAAAGAAUGGGAAGAAUUUCAAGACUUUGAUGUGCUGGGGAAGGUCUUUGGGGGGGAACUACUAAAAGAGGCUCUGAAGGCAAGACAGCUCCACCCUCCCUACAUUCGUAAUAGGGACAAUAUCCGGCUCGAGAGUGACGAGCCCAAAGUUCGGCAAUUGAUUGAGAAAUGGAACCAGGAAGUUGUCAUGUCGGCGAUUGAUCCCAUAUGUGGCCGAUUCCACCCGGUACUUUGGGAUAAGGGGGAGCCUCCUGACGACGCUGAUUGCGAGUACGAAUCACCGGAGCCGCCAGAGAAGCAGCGAGAACAGCCAGGCCGAAAGUGUCUCCCAAAGCCUGCGCCGCGGCGUAAACACUCGUAUGCAAAUUUCAAGCCCGACUCUGGAUCCGUUUCGAGCAACCCAACAUCGGAAAAAGAUGCAAAGAAGGAGAAAUUCGUCAAGGAAUACAAAGUGGCAACCAAAUGGAAAAGCAGAUGGAUCCAUGAAAGGGGACUGGUCAACGAAUCUGGGAAAUGGAACAAGGAAAUGAGUCGCAAGAAUCCUGCCGGGCUGCCAGUCAUACAGACAUUCACCUAUUGCGUUCAGAAUAUGUGUCGUUACGGAUGCAUCCUCACCUGCGAAGAGGCAUUCAUCUUCCGAGUCAGGCCUAUCGCGGAAAGCUCCAUUUCGCAAAGCUCUGAUCCAGUGAGAGCCGAAUUAGCGAAAAAUGGCCUUCUGGAGUAUGUUUCUAUCCCUUGGGACACUAACUUCGAGAAAGAGCCCGAUGCAUGCGACACCUGGACCAUGAACCUGGCUUUGUGGUUCAUACACGUCUUAGCUGGUAACGAAGCGGGUGUGAAUUGGGUAUACCCUCGACUUGAAAUCGAGACUAACCUCAACUCAAUGCAAUUUGUAUCAGAGGAAGAGCCUCUUUCCGACGUCUCCCAAGUCUCCGAAGACGAAGUUUACGAGGAAAACCAACAUGAGCUUACCGCCAAUAAACUUGAAAAUCCCGUAGUCUAUGAAACCAGGGCAUUACCCAUGACUCCGGAACCAAGGGUAUUGACGAAGCGGAAAUGGGAAAUGAGUGGACGAUUAGAAUCAGAUACGGAGGAGAACACAGAAACGGAAGAGGAAGAGCAGGCUGAGACAGAUGACAGGUUUCUACAUUCGUUUGAUGCUAAACGCCGCUUCGUCCAGGUUUAG